AUGCUUCUUACUGCUUGCCGAACUUUCGUGAAGAGGUGCAUAGUGGAGAACCAGCUGAAGAUGCUCAAGACUUCUUCUAUCUCCUUCGACACUAUUGCAAGCACUAUAGCUGCCGUUUACAGACAGGAAACUCCAGCACCCAAUCAUUUCGACUUACCCACAGGCGUUCAAUCUCCCAGAGAAAGAAAUACUUCCGUCUGCUCACCCUCCACCUCCAUCACGUCUCGUUCUAUCUCACCACAGUCACCGAUCACUGCGAGUCCCUGGAUCUGCCACAUUGAGAAUCCUGAGCGCCAGAGUGCACUGAAGAAGAUGAAGAUCAUCACUAGCGUCACCAUUGCCCUUUCGCUUGAGGUAAUCACUCCGGAGCAACUGAUCUAUCUCAUGAGAGGGCACACAUUAACAGGUGACAAAGGCCUGGGAUCUAUUCGACUUCUUUCACCCGAGAACGAACUUUUAUUUCCUGCCAGUGAACCAUCCUGCAGACGGGCGUUGCGGAAGGUGGCUGGUGUAUCAGACAGUUCCGCCUCACCUCUUGAACCUUCUACGCAGCAACAGCAGCCGCAGACGGCGACCGAGGCCCUGGUGGUGGACCCACAACCUCCCGCUUGCCUGCGCACUGUGUUGGAGUUCCCCGUAAAGAGCAGGUUUUACGCCUUCAACUGUUCAAGGUAA